AUGGGGAGUCUCCUUCGCGCGGCGAUCCUCCUCCUCCCCGCUGCUGGCCACGCCUCCCGUCGCCUGGUCAUCCGUUCAGCGGCCGCGGCUGCCGUGACGGUGCGGCCGCUGGGUGCGAUAGCCAACUCCGACCCGACUCUCACCGCCGUAUCCACGCUGAACGCCGGCGCGGACUACACGUCACUUGCAAGCGGCGUGAAGGUGAAGGAGGUGCGGGCCGGGACGGGCCCAGCGGCCAAGAUCGGCGACACUGUGUUUGUUCAGUACUCGGGUCGCUGCCUCAACCUCAACGGGAAGAAGUUCAUCAGCACACAGGACGCCGCCGCCAAGACGUCCGGUCUGGCCAUCAGCGAGCCGUUCGUCUUCAAGCUAGGGUCGGCCACGGUGAUCCCCGGGCUCGAGGCGGCUGUUCUCGGCAUGUCCAAGGGCGGGUACAGGCGAGCGGUGAUACCGGCCAGCCUGGGCUACGACGCGGAUAUGAGCCUCGGGCCCACGCCCGAGAGCUUCCAGGAUCUGAGGUCGCUGGAGUCGAUCGUCAAGAACCCGAACCGGGAUGCGUCACUGCUGUUUGACGUGCAACUCGAGCGCAUCAAGUGA